CUCUGCAACAGAAACAUCUUUAGAAACAUGGCUGUGCGCAGCUGGAGUGACAUCCUAAAAUCCUCAAAGAAAACAGCUUUGAUACACGAUGGAAAAAGGAAGAUCCACUACCUUUUUACAGAUGGAAAAGAAAUGGCAGAAGAGUAUGACCUGAAAACAGACGAGCUCAUUGUACGAAAGUGGCGCCAUAAAAGCACACUUGGAGCUCAGGGCCAAUGGCAGGUAGAGGUUGGGGAGCCACUUUCUGGCCCUGUCACUGCUUCGAAUUCGGAGUUGAUCAAGGAGAAUUGCUCCAACCCUGUGUUAAUUCGGAAAGACACAAAGUCCAUCUUUCAGUGGAGAAUCCGCAACCUUCCCUACCCCAAAGAUGUCUUCAGUGUUUCUGUGGAGCCAUCUGAGAGAUGCAUCAUUAUAAAAACUUCUAACAAGAAGUAUUAUAAAAAGUUAAGUAUUACUGAUUUAGAUCGCAGUCAGCUGCCAUUGGACAACUCCGCCCUAAGCUUCACUCACGCCAGCAACACUUUAAUUGUCAGCUACAAGAAACCUAAGGAGAUCUUAACCCUUGAACAGGAGCUACUGAAGGAGCUGAAAAAACUGAAGGGGACCGGCGAAGGGGACGUUGACUGCAAAACUCAGUGAAUUCCGACUGUGGGAGCGAGAGGGACAAUUCUGCGUUGCAUUUAAAGCAGAACCUCACCGCAUAAUUUCCUAGUCAUAUGUGAGCCCUGUUUAUUUUUUUUUUAGCCGAUCCCCUCAUUAAGAAGACCUUUACACAGUGCCUUGUGAGUGGUUAAAAGCUUCUAUUUGUGUUUACUAAUUAGAUGAUGUAUUAGAGUUGUUUGUGUUGAAAGUUUCAUUUAUAUUUGAUACAGGCAUAUUCAGUGAAACAUACUAUGCGUGUAUUGAUGUCUCACAACCAGAUUUAUUAGCUUUGACACUGAUAUGUGAAACUGUUUUUUUCACAUUUAAAAAAAAAAAAAAAGUUGAAUUGUAUCUCAA